AAGAAGCCGAGCAAGAGCAAGCGGUCCGACGACGGCAAGCAGCUCAAGAUCACGUUCAGGAUGAAAAGUCUCAAGGCAAUCUACAAGCCACCCCCAUGAACCGUUUGUCCGAUCGAAGAAGCAGCCUUCGCAAGAGGUUAUCUGGUGAUAAGGAAUCGAUCGUUAAGCAAUCCAGCUUCGAACAGGAUCAAGUGGUUCCACCUCAGCAACAGCAACCACAACCACAGCACUCACAUUCCACACUUGUCCAAGAACCGAUAGCGGAAGAACCCGCACAGGACACACUGGUACCAUUGAAGCACUCGGAUGAUGAAGGAUCCGUAUCCUCAUCAAUGACUUCGAUGAUCGAAGAACUUAAACGACGUGAGCAGCAGCAGCAGCAGCAGCAACAAGCAGCGACAUCUUCGAAAAGACGUGGCUUCAUGGAUGAUGAUGAGGUUGAUGAAGAACCGUACCAUCCCGGUGUGCAACGUAUGCGCUCACCGUACCAUAAUCCCGAUCCGAGCCAAGCAAUUGAGGUUCUCACUAGACCUAUGCCACUGCCAGAUCCAAACUUUGUGCCUAAACCCAUACUGAAGCGACCAUCCACCGAGGUGCUCGUCAAGGAAGACGCAACCAAAAGGCAACCUAGCCUACAGCCUCAACAAUUGCGACCACGCAGUGUUACCCCAGAACGCGACCACUCCCCACCAAAAGAAAAGCCAGUCCAACAGCAGCGACCGCAAAACGAUCCGGAGCUCGAACAGCCAGAUCCAUCCAGUCAGGAGGAACCGCUGGCUCUGUCGGAAAAGCAGCCACCAGCGGGAGAGGAAAUCAAAAGGGCCAUAGUAUCCGAGGCAGCUCGUCAACGUCGACUAGAAUCACGCCAGAACUCCAUCGAAGAAUCACGAGCAGUGGCCGACUUUUACAGCGAUAUGGUGCAACAAAUCGAAAGCUCCAAGAAACCACGCAAACUGCCUCUCUACAUGAGUCCAGAUGAGGUGCGAAAGCUGAAUGAACGAGAAUACUCACGUAGUUCAUCGCGGGCUGGCUCCAAAUCACCGCUUCCGCUCGAAGAGGCACCGUACUACCCUCGGGUACGAUCUUCGCGAUCACCCUCGCUAACGGCCGAUAGCCAUCCGAUGGUGGUGCAUCGAUCAGGUAAGCCAGCACGUGAGAGUAAAAUCCUUCGUCAACGAUCGACCUCCGUCGAGAGUGAUGUGACGGCGAGGCCGCCUUCCAUCAUUCGCGAAACAGGACCCAUGACAAGCACAACCAGUGCGAAGGAUGAAAAUGGACGAAUCAGUAGACCGAUCGAGAAAAGGCGUAUCACGGAUAAACCAGGAACAACUGCCCGUAACCGCUCGAGGUCAAACUCGGCUGUUCGUGUAGGAACCAUCACAUCGCCAGCACCACCACCUCCUAAAACACCCUCGACGCCUGUUGCUACUCCAAUUGUGACCAAUAAACAAACGACACCCGAACCGACGGUCAACAAAUCUGCUACUUCUUCUGCAGCUAUGCCAAAGUUGUUGGAAGCAACCGAUGAGAGGCCUGUGGAGCAGUCACUCAAGCCCACUAUAUCUUACUUGACUGAUGUGGCUCUCUUUGCCAUCGCCUGUUGGUUGUAUCUCUUUAAAAACCCCAAACUAGCGAUACCGGUAAUUUUGCUCAUUAUGUAUCGUCACAUCCGCGAGGCACUAAAAGAUAAGAUACCGGCGUGGAUGCGACGAGAAUCGAAUUGAAAAACAUCGAGUGGGCCGGAAAAAUCAUAAAGACAUUAUCUGUUUGGUGUCGUCCCGAAGAGGAUUAUUUAUUUUCGCACUUGUUUCUCGUUCUUAAGCUUGAUGCAAUGAUUGAUAAGAGUUUUUGAUACUACAAAUCAUCUACGAAUACUUACCCUCACUGACUCCUAACGACGGCUCUAGCUACGAAAAUCACACACUAUUCCACUCAAGCACUGAGUAGUUAUGUGUGCUGUUAUGUUGGCUCUGUAGCAUUUCACGAAGUUUGUUAUGCCUGAAGAAAAGGCGCAGGGAAGGAUUUCCUCACGUUUGCCGCACAGUUGGGUGCUCAGGCGCAAUCGCCGUUCCCAUGAUUUCACGAAAACAUUAACUGCACAGCAACCACCACACGCUAGUGACGAUAUGUUGCUUACACCAAGUUAUUGCACCCCCCCAUGCAAAUGAUAUUUCUUUCUAGGUUCAGUGUGCGAUUUCAUCGUUCUAUGAUCGGAGUACUCUGCAACAAACGGUUUGUAAUGCAAGUAACUUCUCCAUUUGCAUCGACUCGUUGCCAUACCGACGACCUUUACAACGUUACGUUUUAUUUAAGACUGUAUCUGUAUAUAUCCGUUGUUAAGAAGGGAAAAUUUUAAAAUAAAAAAACCGUUUCUGAAAAAAAAUCUUUCGUGCAUCACAAUUCAAAAUGAUUUUAUAUUCCAUUAUUAAUAUCCUGUUCAUCGCAAACAAGCAUUGUAAACUAGAUAUCCGGUUUAAUUAGCAGCAUAACUUAAAAAUAACCAAUCAGUCCUUUAUAAAGAACCAACAACAUCGACCGCUGGCCCAUACCGCGAGACUUGUCCUAUGGUAGGUGUAUGUUUGAACUGGUG